AUGAAGGCAUACUGGUACGACAACGUCGAGGUAAACACAUCCCAAUUGGGCCGUAUCCAGCUUCCCAAGCAUUUCCAGGGCGACCAGCGCGAGAAGCAUGACUCCGGCCGCACCGUGUCAGAAGAGAAGCUCGCCUCGCUAGGCGUGCUGUACAAGCACUGCCCCACAAUCGCGGAUGUGGACGCGAUCGCCGCGGAGCGCGGAUACCGUAACCGCGACGAGGUCUGUGUCUCGCCUGCGACGAUGGGCGCCAUAUACGAGGAGAAGGUUAAGUCGUUCUUCACGGAGCAUUUGCACGAGGACGAGGAGAUUCGGUAUAUCCUCGACGGGGAGGGAUACUUCGAUGUGCGUGGGCAGGAGGACGAGUGGAUCCGUAUCUGCCUUGUCAAGGAGGAUAUGAUUAUUCUUCCUGCGGGGAUUUACCAUCGGUUUACUACCAAUGAGCAGAAUUACGUUAAGGCCAUGCGUCUUUUCCAAGACGAGCCUAAGUGGACGCCGUUGAACCGUGGUGCGGAGGUUGAUGCUAACCCGCACCGCAAGACUUAUUUGGAGACUGUCGUCAGUCCUACUGCGGCUGUUUAG